UUCCAGGGUUUAAUUCCUGGGAAGAAUUAUUCAUAUCGGGUUCAAAGUGGAAGUAAUAUUAGUCAAGGAUUUGAAUUUACUGCAAAGAGAGAUGAUGAGAAUGGCGACGCGUUUAUGAACAGGAUUGAGCCCAUUGCAGCACGGAUUCCUUACAUGACGUGUGUUGGAAAUCACGGUAACAACGAAACUAACCAGUCAGACGUUAGAACGAAAACUGAGGAGGAUGCUUUCCAUUCGGCACAACAUUCCGGUUUGAAUUUCCGGAAAUUACUAUUGACGAAUGGAACAGCAUUUUUCGGAAUUAUUACCAGUAAUCGAAAGAGUUUCACUAUCCAUCUUUGCUGCUUUUCACAUCAUAACAGCUACUCUUCCGAAGUAUACUUCACUAAAGGUCCGAUCCAGGAUCAGCUGGAAUGGCUAACAAACGACCUCAAGGAGGCGAACAAGCCCGAGAACCGAGCCAAGCGACCAUGGAUCGUUGCGUUUGGUCACAGACCCAUGUACUGCUCGAACAUUGACAGAGAUGAUUGCACAACGCUCAAGUCUGUGGUCAGACACAGCCUCGAACCGUUGUUUUUCCAGUACGGUGUGGAUUUGAUCAUUGAAGCGCAUGAGCACUCGUAUGAGCGCCUCUGGCCAGUCUUCAACGAUACAGUGACGGCUCACAACUACACCAAUCCCAAGGCUCCAGUCCACCUGAUAUCCGGCGCGGCUGGCUGUAACGAGUUUUAUGGAAUAUGUGUGAAUCCAAUGUUGGGACCAAGAGGUAGGCAAUUUCGUUAUAAUGCAGCGGUUACACAAGGGAGUGUUCUUAGCUUACGACAGUUAAAAACACACCUAAUUGGGUGGGGGUGUGCUGCCGUAACGCUGGAACCGUACCCUAUACUAGACCGCGAUCAGUUUGAUUUUGUAACCCUAUUCUACACAAGGCACAAAACCCCAUACACUAUCCCAGACUCUGUACUGCAGUUGCGUUUAGCUAAAUUGAACAGGUCAUCGGUAAUUUUGACUAGCCUUUCUGUUUUUGUCAUCUCCAGCCUCGAACCGUUGUUUUUCCAGUACGGUGUGGAUUUGAUCAUUGAAGCGCAUGAGCACUCGUAUGAGCGCCUUUGGCCAGUCUUCAACGAUACAGUGACGGCUCACAACUACACCAAUCCCAAGGCUCCAGUCCACCUGAUAUCCGGCGCGGCUGGCUGUAACGAGUUUUAUGGAAUAUGUGUGAAUCCAAUGUUGGGACCAAGAGGUCCUUGGUCCGCCUUCCGAGAGUGGUUCCCAGGCAACGCCGGCUAUGGCAAGCUGCGGAUAGUGAACUCGACCCAUAUCUACUGGGAACAAAUCAAAACUUACGAUGGUUCAGUGACGGACAGUGUUUGGAUUUCACAGGAACACCAUGGACCGUUUAAACCUCUGGAUGUGGAAUAUUAAACGGCGAGAGCCUGAGAGACUCUAAAACGCUAUGGCCCGUGAUCUUAACAAUUAAAAAAAUUCGUCUUUUUUUUUUCUUUAUUGAAAUAUAUUUGAUCAUUACAACAGCAUCAUAAUGUAUUAAUUAAAAUGUCUCUUAGUGCUGAACAGCUUGUGAUGAACAUUGAAAUUCUGCCCACUAGUUUUCAUGCAUUUUUGAAUUUUCUCUCGGGAGAAAUUCAUUUCCAGUCAGAUUCUGUAUUCUUCUUAGCUAUCUACCCGAAAAAAUGUUUAGAGAAGAUAGCAUUUAACUACCAUCACUCUCGAAAGUCUGCAAGGUCUACUAGAAAAGUUGAUAAAUUUGCGUAUUUCUUAGCUUAUAGGCCUGCUUAAAGGAAGUGUUUGUGAAUGUUUUGCGUAUCUGUAUCCUUGCUUCGCAUCUUCGCCGAUUUGUACAGAAAUGAGGGAAGUUAUGUUAUAGGCGAGGAAUUUCGGGUACAAGUUACAUCGAUAAAACUCGUGGCGAAAAUCAUACAGUAACAAAAUUACCACACUUCAAUUUUUCUCCACUAAUUAUUAGUGUAAUAAACAUGAUCACAAGUGAAUUGUCUCUAUUUUUUCAUAACACGAUUUACGACGUAAUUCAAAGUAUGAAUUAAGAACAGAACAGGUUGAACUAUUUCAAUUUGGACUUCCUGUCGUAGCUGUAUUUUUGCUUUUUGUAGUAAUGAUAGAUAGUGGACCUAGAAGUAGUGUACAAGCGCUAUUGUAAUGUAGCAUUAAGUAUUAAUUCAAAAUGUUAUGCACUUUUUUUCACAAAUGCGUUUUUGACAAAAAAUAAAUUAACACCAGCUUUUCUACUGA